AUGCAGUGGCCCCCGACCCCUGGCGCCUCUCCGUGUCCCGGCUGGGCCUCCUCGCUCGCCUGCGCCGCGGCCGCCACGCUCCUGAGCCGCGCCGCCCAGGCCCCCCUCAUGGCGGCCAAGUGGUUCAAGGAGUUCCCCCUGAACCUGAAGACGGCGUCGGAGCGGGCCAAGCCGGGGGGCGCGGGUGGCGGCAAACUGCGCAAGAACUCGGAGGCGAGCGGCGUGGGGCCGGUCCCGGGCAAGGGCCGCAAGAACUCGGCGGCCGAGCUGGGGGGCAGCAGGUCCGGCGUGGGGGCCCCCAAGGACAGCCGGCUGUCCCGGGACAGCCUGCAGGGUCUGAUUCAGGCCGCGGCGGGCAAGGGCCGCAAGAACUCGCGGACCACCGAGGAGGAGCCGCACCGGAGCGCGGCCAAGAGCUCGGGCUGCAGCACCUACAUCAACCGGCUCAUCAAGGUGGACGCUCAGGAGAAGAACGGCAAGAGCAGCUACCCGGGCGGCGGCAGCAGUAGCAGCAGCAGCAGCAGCAGCAGUAGCAGCAGCUCUUCCUCCACAUCCUCUUCCCCUUCCUCCCUGGGCCCCGAGCUGGACAAGGGCAGGCUGGCUAAACAGCAGGACACGGUCAUCAUUCUGGAAGACUACGCUGACCCUUACGAUGCCAAACGGACCAAGGGUCAAAGGGAUGCGGAGCGAGUAGGGGAGAACGACGGGUACAUGGAGCCGUACGAUGCCCAGCAGAUGAUCACAGAAAUCAGGCGCCGCGGCUCCAAAGACCCCCUGGUGAAGGCGCUUCAGCUACGGGACAGCCCCUGCGAGCCCGGGCAGGACGGCGGGAAGGCGGAGGCCUCGGCCAAGAGACGGAGCUCCAAGGACCUGCUGGCCAAGCCGCCGCAGCUCUACGACACGCCCUACGAGCCGGCUGAUGGCAAGGCGCGGCCCCCGGACAGCCGGCUGCCCGAGAGUGACGAGCGGCCAGCGGCCGAGUACGAGCAGCCCUGGGAGUGGAAGAGGGAGCAGAUCGUGCGCGCGCUGUCAGUCCAGUUCGAAGGCGCCGAGCGACCGGCCGUGAAGGAGGAGGCGCCGAGGCAGCACCACCGGCAGAAGAGCUGGACCCAGAAGAUCCUGAAGCCAGCCCUGUCCGAGCACAGCGAAGGCGAGAAAGUGGACCCAGGCCUGCCCCUGGAGAAGCAGCCGUGGUACCAUGGCGCCAUCACCCGAGCUGAGGCCGAGAGCCGGCUACAGCCCUGCAGAGAAGCCGGCUACCUGGUUCGGAACAGCGAGUCGGGGAGCAGCAGGUACUCCAUCGCGCUGAAGACCAGUCAAGGCUGCGUGCACAUCAUCGUGGCCCAGACCAAGGAGAACAGAUUCACCCUGGAUCAGACCAGCGCCGUGUUCGGCAGCAUCCCGGAGCUCGUGCGCUACUACUCCUCCGAGAAGCUGCCCUUCAAAGGCGCAGAGCACAUGACCUUGCUCCACCCCGUGCACAACAAGCUGCACUAAGACUGGGCCGCCGCGAGCCCCCCACCCACUCCUCCGGGGACAGGACGGGGCUGGGAGGCCCCGUGCACCUGUGGGAGAGGCUUGGACCGCGAGUCCAUUCCAUGCACUCGGUUCCUUACCUGUCCCUCUUCUCUCUGCCGCCUCCACCUGCAGAGUGGGGCAUCCUGUUUGGGCUGUGGGCCCCCAGAAAGGCAAGCAGAGAGUUCAGGAGCAUCCAAGUCCUCCAGCAGCGCGCAGGCCGGCGGCUGCCUGGGAUGCCUGGUCCCUAAGCAGAGCCGCAGAGCACCCACAUGGCUGCUGCAUGCUGUGGGGCCAGCGCUGGGCAGGGAGUCCUCUCUCUCCACGCGUCCCAGCUCAGCUCUGGAGCUCGCGAGAAUGCGCUCCUUUUCCGUGGGCCUCUCUGAGGAAGUGGUGUUCCUGGUCUCAGCGGUUCUCGGCAGGCUUUCAGCAAGUCACUGACGGAAGCGGAAAGACGAAGGAGGACGUUGCAGAGUUAGCAAUCACCGGUGUACUGUGAGGAGCCGGCUUCAUGACGGUAAUAACAAAUCACAGAAUGAAGUACUCCGCCACGGCUCCAUUUCUGAUUUUUUAAAAUCCUGAAAAUUUAUAAAGCUCAACCGCUAUUUCCUUAUUGGAUGAUUAUAUAGAAAUUCUGAUAUCUGUUGCCUUUGUGCAUUUUAGUUGCUAUUCAAUCAUUUAAAAUUGCUCUAAAUUUAGAUUUGCUUUGUGUUUUUAGUAAAUUUAAAGACAAGUGCAGCUCUGGGACCUGAUUGUAGACCCUGGGUCUGCAAUGCCUGCCAGGAUUGCUUGCUGCCGUGCGCGCCAGCCUGGUCCGCACCACCCAGGAGAACCUGGGAAGCUGAGGGCUUCUCCAUCUGUAGCCACUUAAGGUGCUGCGUUGGUUCCUGGAGUACUAGCACCUUGAUGGCUUGUCGCAGGCCUGCCAUCCCCAGUCACCCACUGUGAAAUACAGGCACAGCGGGACGUCCAAGCAGCGCCGUCGUUACAACGGGCAGGGGUGUGUGUGUGUGGCGGGGUUGGUCCAGGUGGCAACGUGCUGUCAUCCGAGGAAAGUUUACUUCCAUAAGCUGCUUUUAAAUACACAUAGAAAGGUUGGCUUGGUCAAUUUUAGGAAAAUGUAUGUUUCUAGCUAUUAUUGUUUGUUACCACUUAGACAUUAGUAAAUUGUUGCUUUUCUGUUAAGAUCUUAGCCACAGGGUUGUGUCACCUUUGAUUUUUUAAAAAAUUUGAGAAAAAAUUUUUUUUCUCACUGGAGCACAAUGAUUUUAUUGAUAAAGAACGUUCUGUGUUUAAGUACCGUUAGAAUGUUUUAAACAAGCCUUGGUUCGUGUACUGUGCGAGGUGUUCUUUGAAUUUUCCAUAGCGAGAGUUUCAGUCCAUCCAACACAUAUUUAUUCUGUUCUAUAUACCAAUCAUUCCUGUGUUAAACUUGUUUUAACCUUCCAAAAAUGAAACCUUAUUUUUUUUUUUUGCUUAACCUUAUUCUUCAAAGAAAAUAUAAGCAGUUAUCCUCAUUUUAAUAAAUGCUGAGAGCGUUGUUAGA